AUGUCAGACUCCCCAAUAUUUCCCUCCAGCAGGAGUAAGUCUCAGACGUCAGCCUCUCAGGGCAACAUACACACCUGUGAGCCCUGUGGGACCUCCUGCCAGCAGAUGGCAGAAUCACAGAGUAAAGAGGGCAGGGAUGUUUGCUUCACCCAGUACCUUCAGCUGGACAGACAGGAGACCAGCACCUUCAGCUUGAGGACUGCAGCUGUGAACAGGAGGCACAGCGUUGAUGGGACCAUUAGUUCAGGGCCAGGAUCAGCACUGGGACGAGGCCAUCUUGACCCUGACCGUUUCCACCCAUACCGCCGACAAUUCAGUGAUGGAGCAGUGAUGGCCGCAGGUCUUCAACAGUGCUCUUCUGCCUUCAGCUGUCUGCAGGAGGUGUGCAGUCCUGAUACUCAUUCAUACAGCUCCAGCAGUGAGGCCUCACCAUCCUGGGACCAAUACAACAGCAGUGUUCAGAGUUCAUACCCAGAACUACAAGCUGUACCAGGGGAGCCCUCCUGCUUCCUGUCUCAAAGCUAUGCAUCCUACAGGUCAUCGAGCCCUCUACAACAAGUCUCCUCUAGACUGUAUGCUAAUAAUGACCAGUCCAACACCUCCAAAUAUUCUCUCCAAAGUCUCUCCACUCAGUCACAUAAGGAAAGCAUCACACAGUCCCUCUUCCCCAAGCCCAUUUAUUCAUACAGCAUCCUAAUCUUCAUGGCUCUAAAGAACAGUAAAACAGGGAGUCUGCCUGUCAGUGAGAUCUACAGCUUCAUGACAGAACAUUUCCCAUAUUUCAAGACAGCUCCCGAUGGAUGGAAGAACUCUGUGCGUCACAACCUCUCCCUGAACAAAUGCUUUGAGAAAGUGGAGAAUAAAAAUGGGAACUCAUCCCGUAAAGGCUGUCUGUGGGCUCUCAAUCCAGCCAAGGUGGAGAAGAUGCAGGAGGAGCUGCAUAAGUGGCGUCGUAAAGACCCCAUCACUGUUCGCAGGAGCAUGGCGAGGCCGGAAGACCUUGAUCGUCUAUUGGGAGAGAGACCUGCCAAGCUUAGGUCUUUGCCACCUUACCCCAACCCAUCUCUCUUAUCCAGAGUGGCCCCCAUCUAUGGCACCUCCUCGUCAUCUUGCACCCCAAGCCAGCUUCGACCACCCUUUCUACCUAUUCGGCGCCCACAUUAUGCUCAUAUUCACUCUCACCAGUCCAGCACCAUUCCCCCUUCUGUUGCUCAUCCCAGCAACUCCUUUGCCCUAUACUCACUCCGUGGACAGCAGCCUGCAGCUGGAAGCCAGAACUCACCAAUGGCUGGGAACGUGCCUCCUGUUUACAAUGCUGCGCUGCAGGUGGAGUACAGUGCUGGCCCCAGGAGCAUGCAGGACUUACUGUUGGAGGGAGAUGGCAGUUAUGACAUUGACAUGCUCAACCCCAGUCUGACUGACCUGCAGCUGCAAGGUAACUUGUGGGAGGAAUUAAGGGAAGACAGUUUGGUGUUCGAUCCUCAAAUUACCACCACAGAUCCAUCCACUUCCUCUGCCCUGCAGGGUUCCCACAUCCAGAGCAGCUGUUUGCCGGAGGCGCCCCCUGCCGGUGAGACAUCAGAGGUGACUGCUGUCGGUCGAUGUAAAGCGCAGUAUGAGGAUAAGGACACAGGCAGUGGACGAAGCGUAGAGCAGCGUGGCUGUAUGAAUGGACUGCACCCAGUGGUUUAUUCAGGGGUGGAGAGUCUUGCUACAUAUCUGACCUCCUGUACCACAUCCAUCUCUUUAAUGUAA